ACCUGCUCAGAAGCAUAGUGACGUUGUCGCGCUAUUGUGAUAUAUAAAUACCAGCGCAGCAGCCAGCCUCCCUCUCCAAAAGGACUAGCCGAAAAGCUCCAGAUGAAUUAACUGCAUUCCCACCUUCAAAUGAAUUCUGCACCGUGCAGAGCUGGAGCUUGCUGUUUUACUUUGCUAACAGUAAACUACACAUUCAUCACAAUCAAACAAGAUACUUUGAUUUGAUAAGAAAAUGUAUCUUAGUUUACAUAACAAUAAUGAUUAGAUUGUGGGCGUUUUGAGAUCAGCAAAGAUGCAAAAACGGAUUAUUGAGUGUGUGCUGCUCCCGCCUGGAAUUGACACGAGGACUUGUUGACUUGAUCGUUGUGUAACAUAGUCAACUUCUUCAAAACAUUUCGUUGCUUUGAUACAAGUCUUUAACAGCACCACGUCGAUAAAGGCGCGCGUCUGAAGUGGAAAAGACAUGGAAAUGCGCACUGCGCGAACGGCGAAACUCGGACGUGCCAUGGACAGUGUAUGAAACGCUCAGCCUUAUGGGCCAUUUCCUGAUUCAUCUCCCUGACCUCCAACCCCACCCCCACCUCCCCGCUAUGAAUCCCCAAGACUGCACCUCCAUCCCUGGGGAUUUCAACCUCUCCUCCUCCUCCAGGGGCUACUCCACGGUCACCAACCUCUUCAUGAAUGAGUCCGGCGAGAGCGCUCCCUUCCAGGACAGCAGCACCGUUAUCACGGCAGUAAUCUCUAUGACUGUAUUCAUGGUGGGCCUCCUGGGCAACACGCUGGCCAUCUACGUGGUCCUGCGCUAUGCCAAGAUGAAGACUGUCACCAACAUGUACCUUCUGAACUUAGCCCUGGCAGAUGAAUUGUACAUCUUAGGACUUCCCUUCCUGACCACCCAGAACGUGCUCUCUUAUUGGCCGUUCGGGCAGUUUCUGUGCCGUGUGGUCAUGACGGUAGACUCCAUCAACCAGUUCACCAGCACCUUCUGCCUGACCGUAAUGAGCAUUGACCGCUACCUGGCCGUGGUGCACCCCAUUCGGAGCGUCAAGUGGCGGCAGCCGAAGGUGGCUAAGAUCAUAAACGGGCUGGUGUGGGUGGUGUCGUUCGUGGUGGUGCUGCCGGUCACCAUCUACUCAGAUGUUCAGGACCGCUUCAACUCGUGCAACAUGAGCUGGCCUGAUCCCCAGGAGCUGUGGUCAACGGUCUUCAUCCUCUACACGGCCAUCUUGGGCUUCUUCGGCCCCCUGCUGAUCAUCUGCCUCUGCUACCUGCUCAUCAUCAUCAAGGUGAAGUCUGCCGGGGCCAGGGCGGGCCUGACCAAGCGGCGCCGCUCCGAACGCAAAGUCACCCGCAUGGUGGUCAUCAUCGUGGUGGUCUUUGUCAUCUGCUGGCUGCCCUUCUUCACCACCAACAUAGUCAACCUCGUCUUCAUCAUACCAGAGAACAGUGUCACCGCCGGCGUCUACUUCUUCCUGGUCAUCAUGACCUACGUCAACUCCUGUGCCAACCCGCUCCUCUACGGCUUCCUGUCUGACAACUUCAAGCAGAGCUUCAGGAAGGUCCUGUGUCUCCACAAGGCGAACGGGGUUGGGGUGGGGGACGGAGGAGACAUGGGGAGUGGAGGAGGACGUCCCAUAUCUCCUAGGCUGGAGAGGGUGGAGACGACGCAGCAGCAUGACCCGCUCUUCACCCCCCGGAUCAUGGACUUCAACAAUGGACACAUGCAGAACAACCAAUGUGUUCAAAUUGAGACUUGUGCCAACAUGACGACGGAGCUUCUGCCCUUAGAGAGCCCAGUGAUUGAUCAGUCUACGCUAUGAUGAGGCCUGAUAGGUCAGUCUACGCUAUGAUGAGGCCUGAUUGGUCAGUCUACGCUUUGAUAAUCCCUGAUUGGUCUGUCUACGCUUUGAUGAGCCCUGAUUGGUGAGUCUACACUUUGAUAAGCCCUGACUGGUUAGUCUAUGCUUUGAUGAGCCAAGCC